ACACAGCCAAAUAAAUAAAUAAAUAAAUAAAACAAUUUUGUAAGCUGAAUUUGAAUUAUUUUUUAAUCAAGGGAAGGUAACACAGUAAAAAAAAAAAAAAAAAAAGGUUUUCCUGCAAAAGGAAGGCAUGAAGCUUGAGAUGGAGAGACACUUUUUAGCAGAGUCUGUGUCCAGCUUUGGUGUGUACCUGUGACUGAGUGCUGGAGGGCAAGGAAGAAUAACUAGAAGACAAAGUGUAAAGAAAUUCCACGAGAAUUUCCUCUUGCUUCACAACUCUCUUUAUGUCUUUUGAUCUCUGGCAACAACUGGGAAGGAAAAACUCCUGACAACACCUAUUCAGACGUAUAUGGUCAACAGCAUGAAGUGCUGGACACCCUUACUCAUGAUGUUCCUCUGUAUGGUGCUACUGUCUGUGCUGGGAGGAAUGAAGGAAAAACAUAACCACAGGGGGGAAUUGUUACUUCAGGAGUGCUGGGGACAGCCAACAGUCCAAGAAUGUGCCAAGAAGUGUUCUAGAACCUUUAGAUGUGUAGAAAUAAAUCACACAUGCUGCUGGACGUACUGUGGAAACAUCUGCUGGGAAAACACAAACCUGGCCAAAAUUCUGGGUCUCCUGCCAGACUCACCUUCAGAUGUCCAAGAUCAACAUUAUGAAGUGGUUGGGUCUCCAGUUGCUGACGCUCUCCUACGUGGCAAUACUGCCAGUUUCAGGAAGCUGGAAAAAAAGAGUGGAUUCUUCCCUUGAAUUUCCAUCUUACAUUGAACCAAAGCUGAAACUGAAGCCCUGCAACAAGAUUCCCACUAAUGAGCAGUGUGCCACCAACUGCAAGUUUCACACAGUGUCAGACUCGUCAUCACUGCUGCAGGGCUUUCUGUGGAGAUGUCUGC